CUUCUCCAAGCCCACUUCAUUUAACUGAGGAAGGUUUCUUCAUUCUACUAUUUUCCUGAGUAACUCUCUAUAAAAACAGGAAAAAAGUCAUUUCUUUAUCGCAUUGGGUUUCAUUUCUUCUGGGAGCUUUCUGUUCUUGCCAUGGAAGCUUUUGAAGUUGUGGGAGCAGAAGAUCAUUUGCUGGCGCCGGAGAAUGGGCACUUGCCUGAUAUGAAAAUGGAGGUGAGGCAUCUGACGAAGGUUUCUGGCAAGGAUGUACGGAUACUGAACAGAAUCAGCUUGGACAUCCGGAGAGGAGAGAUUGUGGGGGUGAUCGGGCCGAGUGGGAGCGGGAAAUCCACGUUUCUUCGGGCCCUUAAUCGGUUGUGGGAGCCCGCAUCUGCUACUGUGUUUCUUGAUGGUGUGGAUAUCUGUCAGCUUGAUGUUCUUCAUCUUCGGAGGAGAGUCGGUAUGCUGUUCCAGCUUCCGGUCAUGUUUGAAGGAACUGUUGCAGAUAACGUGCGAUAUGGACCACAAUUAAGAGGGAAGAAAGUAAGUGAUAAUGAGGUCCACAAUUUACUGGCUCUUGCAGAUCUCGAUCCAUCUUUCUACAGCAAGUCUGGUGGAGAGUUAUCUGUUGGUCAAGCUCAAAGGGUUGCUCUGGCAAGAACAUUGGCUAAUGAACCGGAGGUUUUGCUACUUGAUGAGCCAACAAGUGCAUUGGAUCCAAUAUCAACCCAGAACAUAGAAGACGUUAUGGUGAAGCUGAAGAAAGAUCGGGAGAUGACUAUUGUUAUGGUCUCUCACAGCAUCAAACAAAUACAGAGGAUUGCCGAUGUGGUGUGCCUUCUUGUUAAUGGGGAGAUUGUUGAAAUUCUGAAACCUGAUCAGCUCUCUGAGGCUAAGCAUCCUAUGGCACAAAGGUUUCUUCAGCUCAGCUCUUGAGCGUUUCUCUACUGCUGCAUAUAUAGUAGCUCUUUAUUUGUACUUCCAUAUGCCACAACGGCUAUUAGCUAUAAGCUUAUGAAAAAGCUUUGGAUUAUCUGUU